UUACACCGGACUCGACUGGAUUUUAACCUUAACAUUUUAAACUUUAAAGUUUUGCCGAAGAAACAAAAGCAGGACGACGAUUCGGCGUUUUCAGGCGGAUUCCCCUCUGGUUUCAGUGAGACUAACAGGAGAGACGAGAAGAGAAGAGAAGAGACCGCGAGGCUCCGGAUGCGACGCCGCUUCCCGGGAGCGUGUGGUUUUCCUCUCAGCGCAGCACGCGCGCGCACGCGGGAAGUGCUUGGCAUGGGACUCCACCGUGAGGGAGUAUUUGAUGCCAUGCUGCCUUGCUGUCCUGCAUCGGGGUUCAGGUAGCUCCCAGCCAACACACCAUGCAGCCCCGCAUAGCAUCUCUUUGUGCCAGGGAAAGCCUGCUGAGUGAAGCUCAGCAGCAAGAGGGCAAAACAUCCAGAGAGACUUUUACACACACACCCAGCCCAUCCUGAGACACACAGACUCUUUCACAUACUCCCACUGGCAGACACAUACAUCCCAUACACAGUGACCCAAAAAGGAGGGCAUGGGAAACUCCUCUCAAAAAGAGGGGGAGGAGGAAACGGCAAAGGAAAAAGUGGAUGACAGUGAGGGGGAAGUGGACGAAGAGGAAACUGCAAAAGUGAAAGAAGAAGAAGAGGUGGUACAAAAGCUGCCUUCAUGUUAUAAUGAGCUAAUCUCUAGUGGUGAUCCAGUUCUCGACCUGAGCCAUUUUCGUUUGCGAUUCCUCCCUAAGGAAGUCGUGGGCCUGGAACAUUUGGAGAAACUGUACUUAUGUGGAAAUCGGAUUCGCACUCUGCCUGAUAGCAUUGCUCAGCUGCAGGGCCUGCGCACUCUUGCACUUGACUUAAACAAACUGGACGAUGUCCCACUGGGUGUAUGCCAGUUGGCCAAACUCACCCGCCUAUAUCUUGGCAGCAAUCGUCUGAGGAGCUUGCCACCAGAGUUUAAAAACCUGCAGAGUCUGCAUUGUCUCUGGGUGGAGAGUAACUACUUUCAGCACUUCCCCAAGCAGCUGUAUGAUCUCCCUAACUUGCACUCACUGCAAAUAGGUGACAACAAACUCAAAAAGCUGCCGUCAGACAUGUGCCGCAUGGAAGGCCUGAGGAACCUCUGGCUCUAUGGCAACCGCUUCUCCGAGUUCCCACGUGUUCUCCUGAAAAUGGAAAAGUUGGAGAUUCUGGACUUAGACAAAAACACUAUUUCAGACUUCCCCAGUCUGUUGCAGUUCCCAGCACUCCGACUCUUCUCCUAUGACCACAAUCCUGUGAAGGGUCCACCACGUUUUGGACAAGAUGUUAUAAUUGUUGGGGAAGGGGCAGCGGAUGCCUUGGAGAGAAGGGAGAGGAAAAAAGAAGAGAAGGAGAGAGCACAAAGAGAGGCAGAGGAGGCGGCUGCAGCGGCAGUCGCAGCAGCUAGCCCAACCAUUCAUGGAAUACUAAAGAAAUUGAGAAUGAGCAAGACUUUGACCACAAGCGAUGCAGCAAUAUCAGCUGAAGAAGAUGGCAUGGUACAUGGCAAAGAAGAAGAGUUGGAGUCUGAAAGUCGUACAAUGGCAUUUGAUAGGGGAGAGCUUGAAUAUGAGGGUGAGGAGUAUGACAAUUAUGGAAGGCCUAAGCUGGAGUAUGAACAAGCUGAGAUAAGCUACCAGUAUGAAGAGGAGGAACCUGAGCAAGUUUGAAGAUGAAUGUAAAAUUUUACACCUUCCCUUUAACUACAACAAGCUUAGACUUUGGAUUGCACUAACUCUUUAAAAGAAUACUCUUGUAAAGAGAACUCUUUAAAAGAAUAGCAUUUUUUAACCUAAUGUCUAUCUACCACCUCUACACUAUAUAUGCAAAUUCACCACAAGAAAUGACACAGUUCCUUGUACCUAAACCGAGAGAACCUAAUUUCGAAACUCAUUUAUAUCAGCGGUUUAAGAGCAGGUUUAGAGUUCAGGUUUAGAAUUCACUUAACCCUUUAAAAUAAAAAAAAAUAAAAAAAAUGAGUGCCAUGGGAAGUCCAUGGAAAUCUGUUAAGAUUCUUUACCAGGUUGCUAUAGACUAACAAUGUUUUAUUUUAUAUUUUAAAUUAUUUAGGAAACACUUCCAUUCAUGCCACUAAGAUAACCCAGUAAGAUAAACCUACUUGCCAGACAGUAUAUUUCGCUUUUAAAUGCACAAUAUUUUUAAAUACUUUAUUUAAAUAUUUGCUUUAUAUUUCUCAAACCCCAAAUUUUUAAUUUUACUAGUAAAGAAUAACUGUACAGUGUAUAGUUAUAAGAUACAUCAUAUCUUUUACACAGCUUAACUACUGAAUCAUACAGUACAUGGAAUAUAGUCCUAGAUUUGGAAAGUGUUCAGCAUGGCAUUGAAAUGUUCCUAUUCGUAACAUGAUACUGUAUAUUUCAUGUUACAAAUAGGACAAUAUCAUGUAGUUAAGUGUUGUUCAGCAGAGAUUACAUAAUGAACCAGUGUGAAAAAAGGCAAACAUGAAAGUCUUAGUCUUACCUUGAUGAACAGUGUGUUAACAAUUUUACCAGGUAGCAUUUUAGCAAUUAAGCUAGCUAAUAUUGUUGAAUUUCUAUGAUCAGCUGCACUAAUGUUGUUAAGUCUUCAGUGUCAAGUGCAAUGCAAGCAACAUCUGUCCUUUAGGAGCCACCUUAAAGUUUAUAAUUAUAAAGUGUUAGCCUAAGAGAAGCAGUUUAGGCCAUCCACAGGCACUAUCUGUUCACGUUCAGAACAUUUUUUCAUUCUUCUUGAGCAGUGGAGUAACAAACAAUUAAAACUGUAAUGUUACUUAAACUUACUUUAGGAGAAUUCAUGUGCAAUCAAAGCAACAUGACUAGGAUAGCAACAAAUAACUGAUAAGCUUUUUUUAUGUGAAAACUAGUUACAUUCUGAAAGGAAAAAUUUUACUUUGUAUUAAUUGUGCUUUGCAGUAAUGCUUCUUACAAUAACUAAAAUCAGUAUUUUUUUAAUAGACCAUGAUUAUAAAAUGCGUUCAUACAAACUGAGUUACUAUUUUCCUCUGUACAUUAACAUUAAUGGUCAUUUACUGGUAAUCAUACAGGGUAGAUAGAAUGUGGUAGAUAGACAUUAGGUUAAAAUUGUAGAGUUUUAUCCAGUAAAAGCAACUGUGAAAAAAAAAUACACUACAAGGACUCUUUAGGUUUUGCACUUAAUUUCUCAUUCAAUAACCUGUGAAGAACAAUGUAUACAGUGCAGCUGUAACUGACUGAAACUGUAACAGCUUUAUACUUAAUGAAGACCAAUGUGUGUGUGUGUGUGCGUGCAAGUGACUGGGUUAAUGAGAGAGGGUGUAAUUCUACGCUAA